CGGCAGGCCGCACAAUGACGUACUUGCUUGGCUGGCCUUCGCUUGAGUGCACUUGAGUUCACUUGAGUCUAUAAGACACGACAUGCGCCAUUUUCACGCCUCCCUCCACAACACACAUCCCAACAACUGCCAACAUGCCCAAGCUGACCCAGAGCAACCCCAUCACCAAGACCGACGGUACCACCACCGAGGUGCUCUUCGCGCACACGCUUCCCAACGCCCCUACCCUCAAGACGGUCUCACUCAAGGUCACCUACGACCCCGGAGCCUUUACCCCAAGGCAUCGUCAUGGAAACGCCUUUGUCACCGCCGUAAUCCUCAGCGGUAGCGUCGAGUCUGCUGUCAAUGACGAGGAGCCCAAGACGUUUGGCCCAGGCGACUCGUGGACCGAGAACCCCGGUGACAUUCACUCUCACAGCCGCAACGCCAGCGCGACCGAGCCCGCAGAGUUCAUUGCGACGUUCAUCGCCCCCGUCGACCAGGAGGAGUUUGUCAUCUUUGACUGCCCCGCAUGCAAGAUUGCCAAGGACGUCAAGUAAAUGGUCGCACGAGGAGGCGCAGGCCGUUGCCCCCAGGCCCCAUCCAUGUCGCACCGUUGCAUCCACCGCAUUUGAUUGACUAUGCAGAUCGUUGGGUACGCAA